AUGUCGGUGUCCAUCCCCCGGCAGGGCCCGGCGGCGGGCGGGGGCAUCACGGCCGUCACCAUCAACCGGAGCCUCCUGGCGCCUCUGGACGUGGCCGUGGAUCCCGAGCUGCAGGAGCUGCGCCGGGAGGAGAAGGAGCAGAUCAAGACCCUCAACGAUAAGUUUGCCGCCUUCAUCGACAAGGUGCGGUUCCUGGAGCAGCAGAACAAACUCCUGGAGACCAAGUGGGGGCUCCUGCGGGCGCAGCCGCCCCCCCGCAGCAGCCUGGGGGGGCUCCUCGAGGGCUACGCGGGGACCCUGCGGCGGCAGCUCGAGGGGCUGGGGCAGGAGCGGCAGCGGCUGCGCACGGAGCUCGGCCACGUCCGCGGGCUCGUCGAGGAGUUCAAGGCCAAGUAUGAGGAGGAGAUCAACCACCGCACAGAGAAGGAGAACGAGUUUGUCCUGCUCAAAAAGGACGUGGAUGAAGCCUACAUGUCCAAGGUGGAGCUGGAGUCGCGCCUGGAGAGCCUCACGGACGAGAUCAACUUCCUGCGGCAGCUCUACGAGGAGGAGCUGCAGGAGCUGCGGGCGCAGGUGUCGGACACGGCCGUGGUGGUGUCCAUGGACAACAGCCGCCAGCUGGACAUGGCCGGGGUGCUGGCGGACGUGCGGGCGCAGUACGAGGACAUCGCCGGCCGCAGCCGUGCUGAGGCCGAAGGCCUCUACCAGAUCAAGUACGAAGAGCUGAAGACGGCGGCAGGGAAGCAGGGGGACGACCUGCGCCAGACCCGCAGCCAGAUCCAGGAGCUGAACCGGCGGAUCCAGCGCAUCCAGGCAGAGAUUGAGGCUCUGAAAAAUCAGCGCUCGGGGCUGGAGGCAGCAGUGGCAGAGGCCGAGGAGCGCGGGGAGCUGGCACUGAGGGACGCCCGGGCCAAGCUGGGGGGGCUGGAGGGGGCCCUGAACCAGGCCAAGCAGGACCUGGCCCGGCAGCUCCGCGAGUACCAGGAGCUCAUGAACGUCAAGCUGGCCCUGGACAUCGAGAUCGCGACCUACAGGAAGCUGCUGGAGGGCGAGGAGAGCAGGUGGGGAUCCCCCAUCCCAAAUCCCAGAUCCCAUGGGCAUCCCACAUCCCAUAACCUCUGGGCAUUCAUAUCUCACACCCGGUGUCCCAUGCUCCCUCCCAUAUCCCAUGGGCAUCCCAUGUACCAUGCCCUUCAUCCUGGAUACCAUGAACCUCCCAUAUUCCAUGUCCCAUAUCCUAUGAUAUAUUCCCAUAUUCCGUGGGCAUCCCACAUUCCACACCCCAUAACCCAUGGGCAUCCCAUAUCCUCCAUCCCAUAACCCGUGGGUGUCCCAUAUCCCACGGACAUUCCAUGUCCCAUGUCUCAUAUUCCAUGAGCAUCCCAAAUCCCCCUCACCUGACCAUGUCCCUUAUUCCUCUCCGCCCAAAAACACUUGGUUUGGGGGAC